GAGAAUCGCCGCGUUUAGCCAGUGCGUCUCAGGCGUACGUCCGAGAACUGUUUUGCGUGUGUUCCAAGUGUACGGAGAACAGCUGUCAACAGAAUUUCGCUUGAACCGCUCGAGCUGAUCGCGAAUAGUCGUAGAACCUUGAUCCAGAAUCGUGCCAGAGUCGAGUAACGGUGUCGAACGAACCAAUUCGAAAUUGUGUUCGCGUUUCCGGUAGAAACGAUCUGCGGGUGAAGAACGAACGUAGCUACGAAAGGCUGUCAGCGACUACAGUAGAAGAGAAGUCAGUCUAUUAUGCCUGCGAAGUUGGAACCGCUGGCUCCGAUCACUCAUACACCCUGUACACCUUGUAAAGGGGAGGAGAAGAUGAACAAGUUGUGCAGACAGGUGUCGAUCGAGAGCCCGAACGUCGCGGGCCGCGAUUGGGUGUUCAGUUUCGAUGUCCCCGUUCCGGAUGUUCCAGCACAGGGGGCUCGAAUCCGGGUGAUGUGUGCAGGCGCUUGCUACCAUCCUCGUCGUUCGCCUAGCCUCGGGAGCCUGACCUCCGUCUCUAGUGGCAACAGUUUGGCCACAGAGGUCUCGGUCGAGGGCGACUUUCCCGUGUCCCUGCCGCACCAUGGGUUCCGGGACGCUGCCCUGUUCCCCGGCUACGAGGUCGCAGGGGUGAUCGAGUCUUUGGGCGCGAACGUACCCGAAAAUUGCGAGUUUGUCGUCGGCGAUCGAGUGAUCCUCUACCCUUACGAAGGAAUACCGAACGGGUACGUCGAGUACCUCGUGGUUCACGACCUGAAGUACCUGAUCAAGAUACCAGACAACGUGAGCCUGAGCGUGGCAGCCAUGCUACCCGCUGGAGCUCUGUUGGCCAUGAACACCGUCUUCGCCGCCCACGAACAUGUCCAGGCGUUGCUCAAACAGAGGGGCGAGAACAGCGUCUGCAAGAUCCUGAUCGUCGGCACCGGCGGCUUGGCUCUAUGGGCUCUUAGAAUCGCGGCGUAUUACUUCAGCAACAUGAAAGACAGAGUCAUCAUCACUAUCGCCUCGCUGAAGGACGAUGGGCUCACCAUGGCUCAGGAGUUCCAACGAGUGAACGUGGUCCAGUGGAGCGAGGACUUGUACGAGAAACAGCUGAUCGAGCGAACAAUGGACGCGUGUGGUGGCCACGUGGACGUGGUUAUCGAUUUCGGCACGACCUCGCGAAGUCUGCACCGCAGCAUGCAAUGCCUCAGCAAGGCUGGCGUGGUGUUCGUGAUCAAGGAGGUCGCUGAUCGGCUGCUACCUAAAUUUAGCAGACGCGCCGAAGAGUGGCAGCUGAGCAUCAAAUCGGUGGAGCCGGGCACCCUGGAACAGCUGCAGGAGCUGGUUAAGCUGGUGGCUUCCGGCGAAAUCGAGCCACCGCCGCACACCGUCUACCCGGCCGAAGAGGUCCUCGACGUGGUCCUGAAGCUGUGCCACUCGGAGAUCCAAGGUCGCGCGAUUUUACGCUUCUAUCCGGCCGAUUAAAAAGGCCAGCCCCGAAGAGUAAGAUCGUGCGCCUUGCAGAUUGGCGCGAAACCUUCGAAUACGAGAAACGAGAUCGGCGAGACAGAUAGAUCGCAUCGUUAGGUUUGAGAUUUUCAGAGCGACGGCCAUCUCGUGAUGUUUCUUGUUAGGGAGAGAUACCUCGACGGCUCUCUCGGCCGGUCGAUGUAACGGAGAGUUCGAUUUAAGUAACCGGAGGAACGUAGUUGAUCGCCAAUGAGAAGAGUUCCGUAUGAGAGUACGACAACGAUUUGUCUGGGUCGUUUGAGGAUCGCUGAAAAUUAUGGAAACGACGGCGGAGCGUCUCCAGCGAUCUCGUGAGAUCGUAUUAUUAUUAUAAUUUAGAGAUAUCGAAUGGAACUAGGUAUUAUAUUGUCUACAAAUCUCGUAGAAAGUGCAUUUGCAUUGCUGUUAGAGCAUACAAGUUUGUUGGGUCGGAUUAUGGUUUUCCCUGUGAACUUAACUUUCUUGACAACAAACCCACGAGAUCCGCCGUUAGACACCUCUGCCUAGAUUUCGCGUUAAUUGUUUGAUCGUUGAACACAAAACCGUCGGUUGCGUGGUCCGUAUGUCUCUUCGAUAGAUUUGGUAACGCGAAAUGAUAGGAGAUCGUUGGAUCAGGCUAAAAAUUAAUCGUAAACAUUAAUUAUUCGACGUCAAUUGUAUUCUAGUUACAUCAUACUGUCACUGUUCGGUGUUUCGUGAAAAUGGAACAGUAGUCUGGAGAUGCUGAAGAGCCUGUAAUCAGACCGCGUUUAAACGGACAUAGAUAUUCGUAUAUUCGAAUUCGAUUUAAACGAAGAAAGAGGAGACUAUCUUCUCCCAGGAUUCUAUGGGAGCAAACAUCAUAUCCAUAAUUUUCUCAAACGGAACUGCGAAGAACACUGCUUUAGAUUAUGAUUCGCGGUCAUGUUUUGGUAGUGUUCAUUUAAUCCAGGAUAACUGGCGACUCGCGAGCCACGUGUAGUUUUUCCCCCCUUCUUACGUGCUCCGUAGUUCGUCCCCUCUAUGCACCGCAGUGUUUACGGAACUCGAGUAGUGGGGAAAGGGAGGGACUGAUCGUGGGAGCUUGUGGCUUGCGGCCGAAAAAGUUAGCCAGUCCUGAAUUUAAUCUAUUUAUAAGGGAUUGCUUCGCGUAAUCGGGACAAACUUCCCGCAAAGUAUGCACUUACGGCGGAGGGCAUUUUUGUGUACCAUCGUUAGAUAACAGUAUUCAUUGGACACCGUUGCGCUAGUUAAUGAUAAGUUAAUCGAAUAUUCGCGUGCUAUAAUUAUAAAUGCGAGUUAAUUGAUCGCAUACUGAUCCGUGUUGUUAUGUCGCUGUACCUCGAAAGACUGUUUUCUUUAUUUAAAUGUAUGUACCUCUCUAUUUUUUAGUGUUCAUUUGUAACUUCUCGAUCGUAACCCUAAGCGAUAAUUUAGCGAUAUACAUAGAUACACAUCACCAUCGUUAUUCUGUCGACUGUUAAUCGCAACAGUGAUUGUAUUAUAUUACGGUGAUAAUAUAGCAGAUAUGUUUUCUAUUAAAACUAAAAAAGCCGUUGCGUAUUUCAUUGCACACUCCUCGCAACAUCCUUUGCACUUCGGAUUUUCUAUUCUCGUGAAUUCAAUCAAAUAAAUUGGGAAGUAUGUACUGAUUGGUGAAGAACGGUGUUAAUCGAUAAGAUCAGAUGUAGCACAGACAUAGCAUCUCAUAAAAUAUUUGAUCCUUGUUUCAGGCGUAUCUAAACUAUACAAAGAUUAAACCUCUUGAACAGA